AUGAGGAGGAGCAGAGAAGAGGAGAGAGAGGAGCAGAGAGGAGGAGUAAGGAGGAGUUAUCAGCAUGAGGAGGAGCAGAGAAGAGGAGAGAGGGUUAUCAGACUGAGGAUACAGAGGAGUAGAGAGGAGACAGAGGAGCAGAGAGGAGACAGAGGAAAAGAGAGGAGACAGAGGAGCAGAGAGGAGACAGAGGAGCAGAGAGGAGACAGAGGAGCAGAGAGGAGACAGAGGAGCAGAGAGGAGACAGAGGAGCAGAGAGGAGACAGAGGAGCAGAGAGGAGACAGAGGAGCAGAGAGGAGACAGAGGAGCAGAGAGGAGACAGAGGAGCAGAGAGGAGACAGAGGAGCAGAGAGGAGACAGAGGAGCAGAGAGGAGACAGAGGAGCAGAGAGGAGACAGAGGAGAAGAGAGGAGACAGAGGAGCAGAGAGGAGACAGAGGAGCAGAGAGGAGACAGAGGAGCAGAGAGGAGACAGAGGAGCAGAGAGGAGACAGAGGAGCAGAGAGGAGACAGAGGAGCAGAGAGGAGACAGAGGAAAAGAGUGGAGACAGAGGAGCAGAGAGGAGACAGAGGAGAAGAGAGGAGACAGAGGAGCAGAGAGGAGACAGAGGAGAAGAGAGGAGACAGAGGAGCAGAGAGGAGACAGAGGAGCAGAGAGGAGACAGAGGAAAAGAGUGGAGACAGAGGAGCAGAGAGGAGACAGAGGAGAAGAGAGGAGACAGAGGAGCAGAGAGGAGACAGAGGAGAAGAGAGGAGACAGAGGAGCAGAGAGGAGACAGAGGAGCAGAGAGGAGACAGAGGAGCAGAGAGGAGACAGAGGAAAAGAGUGGAGACAGAGGAGCAGAGAGGAGACAGAGGAGCAGAGAGGAGACAGAGGAGAAGAGAGGAGACAGAGGAGCAGAGAGGAGACAGAGGAGCAGAGAGGAGACAGAGGAGAAGAGAGGAGACAGAGGAGCAGAGAGGAGACAGAGGAGAAGAGAGGAGACAGAGGAGCAGAGAGGAGAGAGAGGAGAGAGGAGCAGAGAGGAGACAGAGGAGCAGAGAGGAGACAGAGGAGCAGAGAGGAGACAGAGGAGCAGAGAGGAGAGAGAGGAGAGAGGAGCAGAGAGGAGACAGAGGAGAAGAGAGGAGACAGAGGAGCAGAGAGGAGACAGAGGAAAAGAGAGGAGACAGAGGAGCAGAGAGGAGACAGAGGAGAAGAGAGGAGACAGAGGAGCAGAGAGGAGACAGAGGAGAAGAGAGGAGACAGAGGAGCAGAGAGGAGACAGAGGAGAAGAGAGGAGACAGAGGAGCAGAGAGGAGACAGAGGAGAAGAGAGGAGACAGAGGAGCAGAGAGGAGACAGAGGAGCAGAGAGGAGACAGAGGAGAAGAGAGGAGACAGAGGAGCAGAGAGGAGACAGAGGAGCAGAGAGGAGACAGAGGAGCAGAGAGGAGACAGAGGAGAAGAGAGGAGACAGAGGAGCAGAGAGGAGACAGAGGAGCAGAGAGGAGACAGAGGAGCAGAGAGGAGACAGAGGAGAAGAGAGGAGACAGAGGAGCAGAGAGGAGACAGAGGAGCAGAGAGGAGAGAGGAGAAGAGAGGAGACAGAGGAGCAGAGAGGAGACAGAGGAGCAGAGAGGAGACAGAGGAGCAGAGAGGAGACACAGGAGAAGAGAGGAUACAGAGGAGCAGAGAGGAGACAGAGGAGCAGAGAGGAGACAGAGGAGCAGAGAGGAGACAGAGGAAAAGAGAGGAGACAGAGGAGCAGAGAGGAGACAGAGGAGAAGAGAGGAGACAGAGGAGCAGAGAGGAGACAGAGGAGCAGAGAGGAGACAGAGGAAAAGAGAGGAGACAGAGGAGCAGAGAGGAGAGAGGAGAAGAGAGGAGACAGAGGAGCAGAGAGGAGACAGAGGAGCAGAGAGGAGACAGAGGAAAAGAGAGGAGACAGAGGAGCAGAGAGGAGAGAGGAAAAGAGAGGAGACAGAGGAGCAGAGAGGAGAGAUGA